AGGGCCUGGGGCCGUCAGAGCCGAAGGGGCGGGGCGGCAGCAGCCGGCGUCUAGGUAACUUCAGCGCCUGCGCAGAGGCUCCCCAGCCCUAUCCCAGGCUGGGACUCAAGCGGGACUUCAGCUCCGUUUUCGCUGCGCCGCCCGCGUAGGUCACUUCGGUCGGAUUCCCCGCCUGUCUUGACCAUGAGCCGGUGCGCCCAGUCGGCGGCCGUGGCGGCCACAGUGCCAGGUGCCGGCGUCGGGAACGUGGGGAUACGGCCGCCCAUGGUGCCCCGUCAGGCGUCCUUCUUCCCGCCGCCGGUGCCGAACCCCUUCGUGCAGCAGACGCAGAUCGGCUCCGCGAGGCGGGUCCAGAUUUUCCUUCUUGGGAUUAUCCUGCUUCCAAUUCGUGCCUUAUUGGUUGUGUUAAUUGUAUUACUUGCAUGGCCAUUUGCUGCAAUUUCAACAGUAUGCUGUCCUGAAAAGCAGACCCACCCAGUAACUGGUUGGAGGAGGAAAAUUACUCAAACGGCUUUGAAGUUUCUGGGUCGUGCUAUGUUCUUUUCAAUGGGAUUUAUAGUUGCUGUAAAAGGAAAGGUCGCAAGUCCUUUGGAAGCACCAGUCUUUGUUGCUGCCCCUCAUUCAACAUUCUUUGAUGGAAUUGCCUGUAUUGUUGCUGGGUUACCUUCUAUGGUAUCUCGAAAUGAGAAUGCACAAGUCCCUCUGAUUGGCAGACUGUUACGGGCUGUGCAACCAGUAUUGGUGUCCCGUGUAGAUCCAGAUUCCCGAAAAAACACAAUAAAUGAAAUAAUAAAGCGAGCAACAUCAGGAGGAGAAUGGCCCCAGAUACUAGUUUUCCCAGAAGGUACUUGUACUAAUCGUUCCUGUUUGAUUACUUUUAAACCAGGAGCCUUCAUUCCAGGAGUUCCAGUGCAGCCAAUCCUCCUCAGAUACCCAAACAAGCUGGAUACUGUGACCUGGACAUGGCAAGGAUAUACAUUCAUUCAGCUUUGUAUGCUUACUUUCUGCCAGCUCUUCACAAAGGUAGAAGUAGAGUUUAUGCCUGUUCAAAUACCAAAUGAUGAAGAAAAAAAUGAUCCUGUCCUUUUUGCCAGUAGAGUCCGGAAUUUAAUGGCAGAAGCUCUGGGAAUACCAGUAACAGAUCAUACCUAUGAAGAUUGCAGAUUGAUGAUUUCAGCAGGACAGCUAACAUUGCCUAUGGAAGCUGGACUUGUGGAAUUUACUAAAAUUAGUCAGAAAUUGAAAUUAGAUUGGGAUGGUGUUCGUAGGCAUUUGGAUGAAUAUGCAUCUAUUGCGAGUUCCUCAAAAGGAGGAAGAAUUGGAAUUGAAGAAUUUGCCGAGUAUUUAAAGUUGCCUGUUUCAGAUGUCUUGAGACAACUUUUUGCACUCUUUGACAGGAAUCAUGAUGGCAGCAUCGACUUCCGAGAGUAUGUGAUUGGCUUGGCUGUCUUGUGCAACCCUGCCAAUACAGAGGAGAUCAUCCAGGUGGCAUUUAAGCUCUUUGAUGUUGAUGAGGAUGGCUAUAUAACAGAGGAAGAGUUCUCCACCAUUCUACAGGCUUCCCUUGGAGUGCCUGACCUUGAUGUUUCUUGUCUCUUCAAGGAAAUAGCCCAAGGGUAUUCAAUUUCUUAUGAGGAAUUUAAAAAUUUUGCCUUAAAGCAUCCAGAAUAUGCUAAGAUAUUUACAACAUACCUAGACCUCCAGACAUGCCAUGUGUUUUCAUUACCAAAAGAAGUCUGUACGGCUCCCUCCAUCGCCAGUAAUAAAGUCAGCCCUGAAAAGCAUGAAGACAGUACCUCAGACAAAAAAGAUGACUGAAAGCAGUAUUCCCAAUAAGGAAAACACAAGUAGGUUUUCACUGAAAUUGUAAAGGCAUUUAUUGAUAAUACUUUUAAUGUGUUGCUCUAGUAAUGAUGUUUAAAAUCGGAAGAUUUUUAAAAUGAAAAUCACAGAUUUUCUUACUAAAAAUGUUUUUAUUAACCUUGCUUUUAUUGGAGAAAAGCAAUAUUUCUUUUUCUUUUGUGUUAUAUUGUACUUUACCAAUUGGUUAACUGGUGAUACAUAUGUUUUUAUGAAUUUUCCAGUUUAAUUUGCAUAUACAAAUGAAUGCAGUAGUCUUACUAUUGGUGAGCAUUGAGCCAUGCCAUAUAAAGUUUUUAUAAACACUUUUUAAUCGACUUUCCUCUGAAAAUCAAUAACAUUCUGUUAUCUCUAAUCCUUUUCCAUUUGGGAAAUACAAAUGAAGAAUCUGAGAAUUUUACACCUAUAACUUUCCAGAUUCAUUUUACUUUACAGAUUCAUUUUUCCAUUUAAAUUUCAGUUUCUUGGAUCACUGAAUAUGGGAACAGAGAGCUUCAUUAGUUAAAUGAAACUUCUUAAGAACUUAUAUUCUCUUUAACAUACAUCUCUAUUGUAUAUAUUUUUUUCCUUUUUUUUUUUUUUUUUUUUUUUUUUUUUUUUGAGGUAGAGUCUUGCUCUGUCACCCAGACUGGAGUGCAGCGGUGCAAUCUUGGCUCACUGCAACCUCUGCUUCCAAGGUCAAGCAAUUCUCAUGUCUCGGACUCCCAAGUAGCUGGGAUUACAGGCACCCACCACCACACCUGGCUAAUUUUUGUGUUUUUAGUAGAGAUGGGGUUUUGCCAUGUCAGCCAGGCUGGUUUCAAACUCCUGACCUCAGGUGAUCCACCUGCCUCAGCCUCACAAAAUGCUGGGAUUACAGGUGUGAGCCACCAUGCUGGCCUGUUGUAAAUUUUCUUAACUACUUGCUAAGGAAAUCAUAUCCUUUUACAUGAACUACAGGUUUAGAACUUGGUUUUAAAGACAACUGCUAUGGCCAGAGGGUAAAUAGGAAUUGCCUUAUUGAAAGUAGCAUUGAUUGCCUAAUGAGAAAAUGAAUUGUUUGCCACAGAGCUGAAUUUAAUUUGAGUUGGAUAGUUCAGAAUGUAGCACUUGCCCAAUAAAUGAAUCAGAUUUGUUCUAUUUAUAUCAUAUUAGAAUUAAUAUGUUUUACCAUCCCAGUGGGAAUUUUAUUUUGUUAACUGGACUCUCAAAUUUCAGAGCUUGUAUGAAAUAUCUCCACAGAAAAUACAAAAAGUUUUAAAGUAUCAGCCAAAGCUAGGGAAUCAAAAAACCUACUUUAUUAAUGCAAGACCACAAUUUAAGCCCCAGGCAGGAAUCCAACAGUAACAUUUUUCCUUUAGGUUAAGCAAUAAUUUCUUUGAAUUGCCAUUUUGAUGGAUCUCAUACAUGCAUAUUGUUCAUAUCAUUCAUGUUUGAGAUUUUCAACAAAGAACCAAUUUAUUAAUAUAAGGUAGAAAAAUAGUUGGUUCAUUUUCUGAAUUCAGUCUUUGAAAUAACACUCUUUGUUUUGACUAUGUUUCUGAAUGUAUUGGUGAUUCACCCCCAAGCUAAUUUUUUAAAGUCAUUUUUGAAGUUAGGAAGUCUCAUGAGAGAUGUUGAAGUAUGAAUUUAAUUAAGAGUCAUGAUUUCAAACUAGUUUUACAUACUAAGCAGUUAGUGUUCUAAUUUAAUGGGUAAAUGUGUAUUUGGAUAAUUAAAUACCUGAACAUUUCAUCCUUAAGUGUAUGUAAUUAUUUGCCUCUUAUACAUCUUAAAGCUAUUUAAACAGGUAUUUUAAAAGCUAUUUAAAAGGUGUUGAAUGAGUCAAAAUAAUUGUUUGAGUAAUUACAAUGGUGCAUCUUUAUUAUAAUAGUGUCUAUCAUAUGCAAUGACUGUAUGUAAUACUAAAAAAUCGUGACUACUUUUAUCAAAGAAAAACCACAUAUUAAUCCUAUUAAUCAUGAAAGUGUAGUAUUGUAAAUUAAAGGUUUUCUAUGAGGCUCUUGAAAGUGAAUCCAUUGUUUUCCUGUUUUAAAAUAAUAUUUUAUGCUCGUUAUUUCCACUUCUGCGUGAUAUUUUUAUUUUGUGAUUAUGUUACUGGAUAAACAAACUUGCUACAUAAAAUUCUUAGCAAUUAAAAAUAUUCUGAUUUUG